AUGGCUCCGUGCCGUGAAACUCUGGUCUCUUCUUCAAUCCUAGACCAUCUUCCUCCCAUCUCACCCGACGUUUCUCGCGCUCAUAUUCGGUUCUCGACAGCAUCUUCUCCUUAUCCCAUUUCAGCAUUUCUUUCACUGGGUUCCCGUUUCUCGACACCGACUGCCCAUGUAGCCGGUUACAGACCGACGCACCACCUUUGUUCCUACCUCUCAGUCGACAGAGGAGGUCGAAGAAAGCACGUUUGCAGAGCUGGGGAGUACAAAUUUCCUGACCCAAUUCCUGAAUUUGCAGAUGCCGAGACCGAAAAAUUCAGAGCCCAUCUCGCUACGAAGCUCUCUAAGAAAGAGGCGUUCGGAGACUCACUUGAUGACGUUGUGGCAAUCUGCACUGGGAUAUUGAGUACCUUCCUACACAGUGAAUAUGGAGGUCCAGGCACACUUCUGGUGGAACCCUUCAUCGACAUGGCUGAUACCAUCAACGAGCGUGGAUUGCCGGGAGGACCUCAGGCAGCACGAGUUGCUGUGAAAUGGGCCCAGGAUCAUGUAGAUAAGGAUUGGAAGGAAUGGACUGGUGUAGCAGUUAGCAGCAAGUGA